UUGACUGUAACAGAAAAUAAAUCCACGGGUGGAAGAGUAUUAUGGCAACACGUGAAAGCGUUCUCCUGCAUGGCCGCUGAGUUUUGACAAGGGGCGAAGCAGGAAGCAAGGCGGAACGUAUCUCAGGUUCCUGUCAAAAUCCAGUUUAUCGGUCAGUUUCCCGAAAAAUCUCCUGGGAUUCCCCCAUUGGACUCCGUGGACCUCUCGCCGUGCGUCGACCCGAACAUACCGACGACGGCCGAGACUUCAGUCUCGUCGCAGAAAUAGCUGCGCUGCACGCCCUGCCCGUCACCAUUGCCCCGUCCUGUGACCGAGCUCGCCACCAUGACCGAUCUGCUGGCCCUGCCCGACGACGCGUUGGUGCGCGUGUUGGCCCUCCUGCCGCCCAGACAGCUCUUCAGCCUCCGAUUGAUGUGUCGGCGGCUCCGGGACCUUUGCCUCCACCCAAACGCUUGGCGCUCCAUUCGACUCCGUGGCUAUCCCAAAGGCCUUCUGAAAGCCACGCUGAGACUUGCCCCCUGCCUCCACAAAAUCCGUCUGCCCUCGUCGAAUCUUCAGGCUGCGGCCUGUGCCAUUUCCAACACCAAGUGCGUCGUCACUAAACUCGAGCUCGCCGUUCAAACUGAGUUCGAAGUUGCCUGGGCCACCGCCAUAGUUCUGAAGUUCUCCGCUCUGGGCGGUUUGAGGAAGAUCUCCCUAGAGCUGUUCCCUGGCGCCCCCGAUGCUUUGCCUCCCCUUCUGCGGAUGGUUUACAGCGUUCAAGACCUGCGCGUGUUGUAUGUGUGGGACUACUCAGACGCAGAGCUACCGCCAUCUGUAUGGUCAGAUCUGGAGCCGAGACCUUCCCUAACUAAGCUUAAGUACGAAGGUGCCCCUUUCUCUUUCCUCUGCCUGUUACUGGAGACCCACGCGGCAACACUGGAAGAGAUCGUUCUGUUCGUGGAUGAGCUCCCCACAUCUCGCUUGGGAAUGAUGCCUCGGUUACGCUCCCUGGCUUGUCGCCCAUCCGAUGACCUGUCUCAGCUGAAAAGUUUAUCCAGCCUGGAAACACUUGAGCUGUAUGUGUUUUCAGAGGAAAACGUAUGUUUUCCUGGUGCGGAGGAGUUCCUCCUACAGGGCCCGAGCUUGCGAUCUGUGUCAUUCGUCUCCUAUUCCUCCUGCCGGGUUCCCAGCUCUUCUCUUCUGUGGGCUUUGGCCAAAUCGCCGUCCGCACCCGUUCUGGAAAGGCUGUCCUUAUGUGGUGUGGAGGACGUGCUUGUGGCCGCGGCAAUCCCACGGUUCUCAUCCCUGCAAGCACUCACCCUUGAAUUGGACGCCGUGCCCUCGGACGAUUUCUUCCGGGCAGUGAGCCCCGCCUCCACACCGCACCUUGCCACGCUGGAACUUUGGCCCCACGGCUGCCCCCACGCCAUGCUGCACGACCCGGCCGUGCAGGACGUCCUCGUAAAGAAUGCUGGGCUCCACCUGCGCCUGUUGCACACUCCGUCCCUCAAGGACGACUGUGCCUGUCGGUGGUGCAUCUGGCGCUGCCACCAGCACGAGCUCCGGACGCACGGCGGCCUGCGGUCCGCCUUCUCGGCGCACAGGAGGCGGCCCGGCUGCCCCAGGGACUGCCGAAGAUGGCCCUGACGGGCCUCGCCCAUCCCAUUGUGUGGAGCUGAAACGGGUGCCGCAAUGCAUAUAAUACUACCAGUCACUGCCAAAAAAGCUAAUCUUUGCUUUUUUCGUCUCUUUGGACUUUAAGCUCAUGGUCUUUUGUUUGUUCUCUAAAUCUUUGUUCGCAAUAUUUGUAGUUAGAUGUAACUUGAAAUACAUGCUCCUUGUUUAUUAGUGAAAGACCUUA